AUAGUGAUCUUCACGAUAACCGAUAACACACUUGCAGCUAAGGAGUUUACAUCUUUAAACUCAGUUUUCCACAAAAUAACAACACUGCCACUCGAUCUAUCGUGCGUCAACACCGAACCCACUUUCGUUUGAUAAUAAAGCACCGAAUUCGGAAAUUCAAAAGCCAUUCAAUCGAUAGAUGACUUCACCAGCGACGGCCAUCCUCCUCGCCGCAACCCUAAUCGGCGUCGUUUCAGCCGCAACAAGACCACCAGACCCACCGGAAUGCGUGCCGGAACCGAAUCAGAACCCGCAGAUCCUCCGCCGCGACAAACUCACGGUCCUCAUGAACGGCUUCUCGGAGUCCCGAAUCCCGCUCCUCCAAUCCCUGGCCGCUACGUACUCCCUCUCCCCCAUCGUGUCCUCCGUGCUCGUCCUCUGGGGCGACCCCGCCACAUCGCCACGUGUCCUUCACCGAUUGGCCCACAACCUCACCCUCUCUUCUUCCUCCUCAGCACCAAUCUCACUUCUCCUCCAACCCUCCACCAGCCUCAACAACCGCUUCCUCCCGCGCCCCAACGACAUCUCCACCGACGCCGUUUUGGUCUGCGACGACGACGUGGAGGUGGACCCCACAACCUUGGAAUUUGCGUUUCGCGUUUGGACGCAAAACCCGCACCGGUUAGUUGGGCUCUUCGCGCGGUCGCAUGAUUUCGACCUGGACCGGAGGGAGUGGGCCUACACGGUCCACCCCGACCGGUUCUCCAUCGUGCUAACGAAGUUCAUGUUGUUAAAGACACGCUACCUGUUCCUCUACACGUGCCCGGGUGGGCCCCGCAUGGCGCGCGUGCGGGGGGUCGUGGACGAGGUGCGGAACUGCGAGGAUAUACUGAUGAACUUUGUUGUGGCGGAGGAGGCGGAGGUGGGGCCAGUUUUGGUCGGGGCGAAGAGAGUAAGGGAUUACGGUGAUGCCAGAAAUGAAGAAAAAGGAGUGAGUGUGGUGGGGUUGAGUAGCAGGAAAGGGGAGCAUAGGAAGAGGAGAGGGUGGUGCAUAAGGGAGUUUCAUAGGCUCUUGGGGACAAUGCCUUUGAGGUAUAGCUAUGGGAAGGUGGUGGAUUCUGUUGGGGAACAAGCCUUGUGUUUCAAAGGUCGCAAGUUGGUGUAUUGUGAUCAGUGAUAUUCAGCAAAUCUGUAAUUAUUUGUAAUUUUUACGGAAGAGAAAAUUAAUUUAUCUUAAAAUUAUUUUUUAUUUA